UUUGCAUGCCAAUCGCGUUGACAAGCUUUCGUAAUAAAUCCACGCGUAACAUGAGGAACAACGACGUUGAUUUUCUAUCGGAUGUUCGCAUGAUUCUUGUGUCAUCGAUUGGAAGCAGUAAUCGCAAAGAACUCAUUCACCGAGGCAUGAAUUCGUAUUCGGAAGAUCGAAAUGUCACGUCGCGGUAAUUAUUCGUCAAAUUGCCGCAGGUUGGCCUAAAAUGGGACGCUCGUGGUCAUCUCUAUCCGAAUUGACAAGUGAAAACGUAUUAUAUUAAUGUGAAUCUCUUGAAUUAUGUAAAUAUCGAAGAGUCUAACAGCACUUUGCCCGAUACGCAAGAUUUUAUAAGGACUCGUUAAAUUAAUUUAUGUACAUCACACAGCAUAGUGUAAGGAAUUGAACAUGUUUAAAAGAGUAGAGAGUAAUGGAGGAAAUGAGUACCAUGUACCUGCCAAGCGACCAAAGUAUGAUACAAAGAAAGGAACUUUGGCAUCUGCUUCCACAAAAGCUAGAGAGUCAACACAUAAAAAGUUGGGAAAAACUGAUGACGUGUGGGGUGAUGAUUUUGCGGAGGAGGAUAUAGAAGAAAUGGAUUUUGUAGCUACUCAAGCUUGUUUAGAGGAAAACAGUGCUUUGACUCAACCACAUGUAGAGCGAACAUCAUCAAGUAUGCGGAGAUCUUAUAGCGUGCCAUCUACCAGUAAAGCUGUUUCUAAUGUAAAUAGUACUAAAAGUGAUAUAUUAAGGCCUCCGGUGUACAUGUACCCAUACAAUACUCAGAAAAACAAAGCAGAGAAUUUGAAUGAUAUAAGUAAUGUAGUUUCUGCCGACUACAAGGAUUUUGAAGAGAAAUUAAAACAUAGACCAAUACAUAAUUCAACAUUUAAAUUGGAUGAAAAUUUUAUUGUUCCAGAGCCACAAUACGCGAUGGAAUUGGAGAAAUUGAGACAGGAGAAUAAAAAAUUGUUAAACGAUUUUAUAACUAAAGAAGGAGAAACUGUUUUUUUACGAAAUCAAUUGCAGCAGACUAAUAUGCGCGCCGAGCUCGAUACAGUGGAGAAAACUCGUUUUAUCGAGGCGCAAGAAAAUCGACAUAGAACGGAAGUGAAUACCCUUUGUAAAGAAAAAGAGCAUUUAAAGACCCAACUCGAAUUGCAAACGUUCGAAGUGGGAAAUUUAAUGGAACGUUGUAAAUUAUUAGAAGGGGGAACCAUUAAAUUAACCGAACCACAUGCUACGAGUUUGAACGUUUCUAUGAAUAAAAAUAGGUUCUGUUCGCAGAUGAAACGAUCGUUACUUUCGAAUAAAAGACCGGUAAAAGUGAAGGAAACUUGCGUUCAAACAAACAUGCAUAAUAAAAGCCUCUAUUGCCUUAAAACUUGGAAUCCGUGUUAUCCUCUUGCUAAAAUCUCCAAGUUAAUAUACGAUACACCACAGCCAGAGAAAUCUGUGGUAAAUAUUCAAGUGAUAGAGAAAACCGGGCGAAGAAAUUUGCCGAUUUUGCAAGAAGAAGAUACAUUCAGAAUAUAUGAAAACCCAGAAUUAGUGAAACCUGUAACCACGACGGUGGACGACAAGAGAUUAACGGUGGAAUUUAUUUUACCGGAAAUAGCCGCCCUCCAGCGAAAAACGGACUCGGAACUCGAGUCAGAAAAUUCGAUAUCGAUAAUGAAUAAAUUAGUUUCCACCGCGAGGGAGUUGAUACUGAACGUGAUCGUCCUCCUCAAGACGAUUUUCCAAGCCAUGAGGAACGACGAUAUUCGCGACAUGAACGACAUUUACUUUUCUGACUUGUAUUCGAGUUCGGAUUUCUAUGGCAAGUCUGCAUGCGACGCGAACGCGUGGCACGAAUGCGAACGCGGGGUCGAGACUAGGCGUGUCUUUGGCGUACUGUCGUAUGUGACCCUGGAAUCAAUGUACCUGAGCAAAUACUUGGCAGGAAAGACGUCGUUACUCACCGAGAGGGACGAAUCCUAUAAAUCAUAUUCCCGCCAAAUGGUUCGAUACGACACGUGGCCGGGGAAAAAUCAGAGGUUUGAGAUGUUAGAGAUGAUCUUGCAGUUCGUUGUUUUAGUCGGAUCCACGAGAAGAUCCUAUCAGUUUAGUGGUCUCAUGUGUGCAAUCAUGAUGGUUAUAUGCAACGUGCACAAAAAAGUCGAAUAUUGUUCCCAAGGAAUGGAAUAUGUUUAUCAAAUUUUUAAGGAGAUAGUGUUCUCCAGGCCUCUGCCCUAUUGCUACGCGUUGCUAAGUAAUAUGAUGAUGAUUUUCACCAAAUCUGCCACAAAUCUACGAAAGCUUUGCGUUAAUUCACAACCGAUGGCUGUGAACAAUUGGAAAGGGUCUUUACAUUUCACUCCAGACGCAUGUCCGUUGCAAAUAUUUCUGGCCCAAGUGGAGAACCAUUGGUUCGACAUAAUAGCCGCUAUAGACAUCACGGACGCGAUGUUGCAGUUCGUGCAAUACAUAUUGCAAACGGACGUUAUUCCCCUGAGAUCCGAGACCUUGGAGUCUUGUAAUUGUUGCAUGAAAUUACUGCGGUUCACGAUAAAAACGCUAUGCAAGUGCGCGGAAACGAAUCUCGGCGCUAUCAGGGAUUUCGAUCUGGACCGUUUCCCUUUAGAGCAGAAAGACGUCUGCCACUUGAAGAGCAUUUGCGCCAAACAUUCCACGUGUUGUCCGACUGGCAGCAAACACUGCAUCAGAAAGGUCUACAGAGAUCAAUUCACCGACCCUAACGCCAGAAUGACGCUGAACAGGAGGCAGAGGAAGAUAUUGAGGGACGGAGUGAGAUUUUUGUCUCACAUGGCGAUAUGCGAUCCAGAUUUCGUUAUUCGUUUGUCGGACAUCGAGGAUUCGUUCCAUUUGUUCAUGAGGAACAUAAGUGCCUUCGAUGACUUUGUACUUCAUGAAAAUGAACAGGAGGCUAUGAAUCGAAUAAAACAAACGUUCAUUUUGGACAAAACCUCCACGCAAUCCGAUAUCGAGUCGUUCGAGAAGGGCAACAUGAGAGAAUUGAACAUGUUAACGAACUUCGAAGAAAAGACCGUUCAAUCUGCGUCCACAUACUCCAAGAAAGAUAACAGUCACAAUAAGUUCUUGCUAACCGUGAAAUCAUUGUACAAUAACAAAAUGGAAUUUUAGUGAUUAUUAAGAGUUCCUACGAAGUGAAAUAUACUUAAUAUAAUGCCACAAAAGAGAAUACCUUUUACCAGAUAUGCCAUUCUAACAAAAAAUUAUUCUGUUAUCAAAGACUGGAUGC